AGCUAAUCAUGGCAAAAGCAUAAAAAGACGUCUGCAGGAGCUGCAGUGCGUUUGCCUUGCCAGCAAAAUCAGGGGAUUAUACUUCAAUAUAUUUGAAAUACAUUUUGAUACCGGGCAUAAUUGCAUUUAUUUUGACGUGCAUUUUAAUCAAUGUUAAAUUUGAAAAAAAUGCAAAGGCAGCAACAUUAAAGACAACUAUGGAAGGUUCUUCAGAAACUACGUCAAUAAAUCAAAAAAUUCCCAUGCCCGAGAUACCAAACACCAAUACCAACAUCCCUAAUAUACGGACUAUAGAAAAUUCCCAUUCAUUUCAAUCUCUUAGGUCAAAAAUGCAACAUUUUGAAAGCGGCAGUAACGUGCAUAAGGAUGCUAAGAUACCAUUGAAAGGAUCAGAGUCCUUGAUGAACUACAGAAAGGCUGGUAUGGAAAACACAGAAGAUUUGAAGACCGGUAUAGGUACAAAAGAAAUUUCUCCUCAUAAGAAGGUCAUGUUUCAAAAAUCAUUAGAGUUGGCUGAAACAAAGCGCAUUGAACAAGUGGUGCCCAAUUUGAAGGCAACAUCUGGCACGAUUUUCACUCAUACAAAUCCAUCGUUGCUAAACCGCAAAAUAUCCAAGAAAGCAACAUCAUUAAGAAAACAAGCUACUCCACAUGUUUUUGAGGUGACACCCAACGAAAGGAAAUUAAUUUCCGAUCCCACAUCUACCGAUGUUACAUUAGCCAAUUUAAAGGACACUUUUGAAAAAAAUAACAACAAAUUCAGUUAUACGACAUUGAGAAACAUCGCUAAUCCUCAAAGUACAAGUGUUAAAAAUAAACUAGCAAAUGAAUUUAAAAUACCUCUGACAUCAAACUACAAACAUGCCACACAUAUAAAAUGGCAUGAAAAUGAGCUCAACGCAAAAUUCUUGGAAAACUCCAAUCAAACCACAUUGGCGCCCACCGUGGACCUAACUCAAAAAAUUGCAUUUCAUCAACGAAGAACUAAAUCCAAUAAGAAGCAGCUCAAUAAUACCAGCGAUAUGUUGGAAACCUUUCCUACUGAAGAUAUGAGCCACCUUAGAGUAAAACGCCAAUAUUUGGGGGCCAUCAAAUGCCAAGAGCAUGUAACAAAUUGCAGCCUUAUUUGUACAAAUGGCAGUUUAGGCUACCUUCACGAUGAGUUGGAAGCUCUGCAAAAAAUUUGCCAAUACCAAGAUCUGAUCUUACAUCUAAGCGAAUGUAAUUUUUAUGGUGGUACUUUGUCGACCACAUUUUUUGUCGGGGAAUAUAGUCUCAAGGAGUUGCACAUAGUCAAAUGUAAUUUGGUCACCAUCAAAGUUGGCGCCUUCAAAAAGGAGCAUGUGCAGAAUUUGCAACGCCUAGAGUUGAUAGAUAACAAACUGGCAGCACUGAAUCCCGGAACAUUCGAGGGUCUUACCACGUUGAUACAGUUUCGGUUCUCGCAACAACCCUUAGACGAUAGCCUUCGGUUUGUGGGCAAUCAAUUUUUGAAGCCAUUGGCGAAAACUUUAAAGAAUGCCACAAUAACUCAAAUGGCAGAUGCGCGUGUUAUUAACAAUCCUUGGGAAUGGUGGCAAGGAACGGAUUUCCUUUCUCUAGUCUAUAUGGACUUGAGUAAUAACAAUUUUUUGAAUAUACUGAAUGAGGACACCUUUGUUAAUCUCUCGGGGCUAAAAGAGCUUAUCUUGCAAAAUUGUUCUCUAACAAGAGUGGAUCAAACUUAUUUUGAGUCCUUAGACAAUUUAGAAGUUGUAAAUUUAAGCCACAACCUUUUGACAACUUUGGACAUUGGAUUUCUGGAAUAUGUGAAAGAGGAAAACAUUAAACUCUCCAUGGCAGAUAAUCACUGGAUUUGUAAUUGUUCCAAUAAAGAUAUGAUGGGGCAUCUGCAAGGAGCAAAGUAUUCCAGCGAGUGGGAGGCGGAAGAUUUCAUUUGCCACACUCCUGAAGAAGUUCAGGGGGAAAGCAUGUUGGAAAUAAAAUUGGAUUGCGAACCAACGACCACUAUCACCACAACCAGCACGGAUAACCCCUCAACAACUCCUACAGAAGACACCACAACGUUAACUACUACGUUAACUACUACGUUAACUACACCCGAAGAAGAGGACAACAUAACCACUACCACAAUUAUUGCGGAAACGGAAGACGAUCUAAUUGAAUGUUCCGCUAACUCCAGUCCAACUUGUACCAGUUUCGCAAUGAAAUACCGAAAUGCGUACUUGGAGAUUACCACUUUAUCGGAUAGCAGUGUGGCCAUUAAAAUCCAACAACAUGGGGAUAAGUUACGCCUAAUCUUUUAUACAUCCAUUAGCCAUUACACAAACAUAUCCUUGGACAAUAAUUCGGAGUUGAUCAUAAAUAACCUUGAAUCGGGCAAAGCCUAUGUCUUUUGUAUUUUGACAACCAAGGAAACCACUGUUUCGCCAUUCGAUUGUACAGCGCAUACCACCUUAAUGCCCAAGAAAAUUUGGCUAUCUCAAAAGAAUAUGGGCUGGUUUAUAAUCACAGUGGCUAUGUUGUUUACUUUUUGUUUUAUUCUGGGCAUGGUUCUGGUUUAUUGCACAACAUACAGAAGGCUAUCCAAAAAGGCAGAAAUAGAUGAAGCCUACAAUAAACCACCUUUGUCUGCAAGACUUUCAAGGUCUACUAUGAAUUAUAGAAGCACCUACCUAAGUCCUGCUGCUCCCCCCAAUGUCUGUCAUAGAAGCCAAGGUGCCGUAUAUGACUCAAUUCAUAUGCCGCCAAAAGAAAGUGCUCCCUCAGCGCCAAAUCUAUAUCAGGAAAUCCCUUCAACGCCAUAUUGCGCAAUGAGAACAAAAUGCCAUGUUUCCAGCACCAAUAGGUGCAAGGAGCAUUCCCCUUGCCUUGGCCAUGAAAGGGGAAGGGAUACUUGCAAUACAUCGAAUAUAUAUGCGGUAAUCUACGACCAUAACAGGAGCACUCAAGGGAAACGAUGUGCUCACCAAUGUACAUCAAGGAAAUGCGAUGGCGUUUUAACCGCCGAAAAUGAAGAUAUCUAUCAGGGAAUUAACCACUAUGAAGCGGUGGAUAUAUAACAAAUUUGUGUACAAGAAAUAAAACACAAUGCAAAAAUU